UGGCACUGGGAUGUACUGGGAUGGCACUGGGCUGCAUUGGAACGGCACUGGGAUGGUGCUAAGAGACACUGGUGUGCAUUGGAAUGGCACUGGGAUGCACUGGGAUGCAUUGGAAUGGCACUGGGAUGCACUGGGAUGAAGCUGGGACAUGUCGGAAUUAAUUGGAAUGGCCCUGGGAUGGUGCUAGGACGUACUGGGAUGCUUUGGAAUGGUACUGGAAUGAACUGGGAUGAAGCUAGGAUGCGCUGAGAUGCAUUGGAAUGGCACUGGGAUGUGCUAGGAUGCACUGGGAUGGCACUGGGAUGCACUGGGAUAUGUUGGAAUGGCACUGGGAUAUAUUGGAAUGGCACUGGGAUGCACUGGGAUGGAGCCAGGAUGCACUGGGAUGGUACCAGGGUGCACUGGGAUGGACGUAGGAUGCAUGACGAUGGCACUGGGAUGCACUGGGAUGGCACCAGAAUGCGUUACAGUGCACUGGGAUGGCAUGGGAGUGUACUGGGACACAUCGAGCUAGCACUGGGAUGCACUGGGGCACGGCGGCAUGGCACUGGGAUGAACUGGCAUGCCCUGGGGUGGCACUGGGGUAUACUGGGGUGGCACUGGAAUGCAUUGAGAUGCACGGUGUCGCACUGGGAUGCAAUAAGUUGGCACUGGGAUGCACUGGAAUGACUCGGGGACACAGUGGGAUGGCACCGAGGUGACAUGGGAUGCACGGAAAUGGCACUGGGAUGCACUGGGUGGAACUGGGGGGUGCUGGGACGCACUGGGAAGCAGUAGGAUAGUACUGCAGUGCACUGGAAUGGAACUGGGAUGUGGUGGGACGCACUGGAAUGGCACUGGGACACAGCAAGAUGGCACUGAAUGUGCUGAGCUGCACUGGGACAAAUUGGAGUGUGAUGUUGUGCAUUGGAAUAGCGCUGGGUCAAACUGGGAUGGAACUGGACUGUGCUGGAAUGCACUGGCAUGGCACUGGGGUGCACUGGGAUGGUACCGGGGCAGCUUUGGGCUGCACUGGGACGCACUGGGGUGGCACUGGGAGGGACCAUAACGCACCUGGGUGCCUGGGCUGGCAUGGGGGUGCCCAGAGGCGCACUGGUGUGCAGUAAGGUGGCACUGGGAUGCACUGGGAUGGAACUGGGAUGCCUCAGCAUGGCCUUGGGAUCCACUGGGGUGUACUGGAAUGGCUCUGGGGUGGCACCAGGAUGCAUUGUGGUGCACUGGGAUGGCACGGGGUUGUACUGGUAUGCACUGGGGUGGCAUUGGGGCACACUGGAGUGUACUGGAGUGGCGCUGAGAUGCCUUGGCAUGACACUGGGAUGCACUAGGAUGGCACUGGGAAUGCAUUGAGAUGAGCCGGGGUGGCACUGGGAUGCUCUGAGACAGACUGGGAUGCAACGGGAUGGCACUGGGAUGCACUAGAUGGAACUGGGUUGUGCUGGAAGGCACUGGGAUGGUACUGGGAGGCACUGGGACGUGCUGGGAGGGACGGCUGCUGGCGGUGGGGACCUGGCUCCUUCAGCACCCUCCUCCUCCUCCUCCUGGGGUCCCCUGGGCACCCCGCUGUGGUUCGGGGCUGUGACCCCCCCCGUGUCCCCCCCAGCCCGCAAGCAGGAGAUCAUCAAGAUCACGGAGCAGCUCAUCGAGGCCGUCAACAACGGCGACUUCGAGGCCUACGCGAAGAUCUGCGACCCGGGGCUCACCUCCUUCGAGCCUGAGGCCUUGGGCAACCUGGUGGAGGGCAUGGACUUCCACCGCUUCUACUUCGAGAACUGUGAGUGCCCGGCCUGCCUGUCCCUGUCCCUGCCUGUCCCUGCCUGUCCCCGCCUGUCCCCGUCCAUGUUCCUGCCCAUCCCUGCCUGCUCCUGCCUGUCCCUGUCCCUGUCCCUGCUCCUGCCCGUCCCUUCCCAGCCCCUGCCCGUCCCUGUGUCCACCC